CCCUGCUCCUAGCUUCCCCAUUUUUACUUCAGCUCGGCCUCGGCCGCUUUCGAGCUGUAGAAACAGCAUCUGCGGCCCCCUUCGAUCUUUCGACCUGCGCCACCGCCUGCCCGGGCGCCCCCCGAUCUCGUACUGAUCGUUGCGACUACUUUGCCUUGAGCACGUUUCAUCAGUGUGUGAAGGAUAAAUCAAGCGGUAAAAAUGGCGGACGGAGCAUACACUCAAACAACUCAAACUCCCGAUGGGAGUGAAGUUGUGAUCCCGGAUCGGCAUACGUAUUACAUUAAUAUUCCUAUCCAUCCUCUCACUGGCCAAGUGGCCGAUGAGCAUUUGGAGAGGCUGUCCCUGUACUACACCAUCUAUGGCGUGGUGUUCGGCAUUGUGGGCUUGGUCGCCAUUUUGGUGCCGUUCUUCUUCAAAAACUUGCCCCUGGAUCAGCUAGUUGCGUGGUUGCUAGUUGUCGGCGGAGCCGUCACUCUUCUUCAAUUCAUUUUGGUUUGCGGCGCACCUGGCACAACUUCCUUCCUACUCCUUGGAGCCCUGCACUUGGGCGUUGGUGUCGGGAUGCUGCUCCAGCGCGUCCCCAAUCCCACUAUGCUGGUCUUCAUCGUGUGCGGCUGGUUCCUCGUCCACGGAAUUAUCAAGCUGUUAAUGGCUUGCCAAGUGCGAUCCCUGGCGACCUGGCCUGCAGUGCUUACCAGCGGCCUUGUAUCGAUCAUCCUUGCGUUUGUUCUAUUGUCUCUGAGCUCAUGGCUGUUUAGCGAAUCCCUGAAGUUUCUCGGUGUCUUCAUCGGUGGUGACCUGAUUUUCACCGCUCUUUCCCUUCUCCUCAUCGCCUUCAUGGCUCGUCUAGGCAAGAAUGCGAAGGAGACUCACCAACCCCUUCUCGCGCAACAUGGCAUUGCCUAAAUUUGCAGCCCUAUGAGAAGCGUCAGUUCGUACGUGAGAGCAAGCCAUAACUUAAAAUAAGGACUGCGCUAGAGUACGAAUGCGCCAAAACCGGAAGCUUGUAGGUGUUGUACAGUUGUAAUGUGAAUUAUAAGUAUUUACUAUCGAUAUAUUAUCUUUUUUUGGCACAGUUCCGCAACCUUCCAUAUUGGUUGUCUCUGUUGAUGUCUGCUUAUUUAACUUCAGAAUAAGCACACCGUGGUGUCAAUAAUAAGCAGUACCACUACUAGAAAACAAGUUCGUAAUCAAAAUAGCAAGAGUAUUUUGUACCCUAUUUCAGAAAGAAACAAAAUUGGACCGGUCAUAUAAUAUUCA